AAAUUUAAUUUAAACCUAAAUGGCCUUAUUUGUUUAUUAAUAAAGAAGAAUCAUGAGUAAUAAUGAUUCAAAUACUUUGGAUCAAAAUAGUCAUGAUAAUGUAAAUGACAUAGAUCAGCAAAUUUAUGAAACACUUGAUUCUGAUCAAAAUGUUUCACAGAAUCCAGAUGAUUUGCCAAACACAAAUCCGCAAUCAUCCGACGCUAUCAGUCAAAGACGAACAAGCUUACACCCAUUAGAAGAAGUAGAACUCAAUAGAAGAGUUAAAAGAAAAAGGACCUCAUCUGCUCAUGUCGUACAACCACUAUCUGCAGAUGAAAACAAUAAUGAGGAGAAUCAAAGUCAACGAUCGCCACAGCCAACAGUCGACAAUAAAAAUUCGCUAAAUAUAACGAUGUCCUCAUUAUUGUUUGAAGGUUAUAGUUCAGUGACUUCAAAUGAUAGCAGAUAUUUGGAUAGUCGUCGUACGAACGAAAAAUGGAAAGAUUUAAUAGUCUUUAUGUACACUGAACCAUCAAUAAUGUUUUAUUCAAACAUUUUCUUAAUGAUAUUUUCAAUUAUUUUAAUGAAAACAUCUGACAAAUAUAUAUCAACUUUGGACAUCACAAGAACGUUUCUCAAUUUAGAAUCGAAUAAGACAAUAUUUUUAUGUUUAUAUAGUGGCUUUUUAAUGAUGUUGUCAUGCAUAUGUGCAUUAUAUAGUGCUUUAACUAUACGUAGACAACUUUGCUAUUGUAUUAGUGGUAUUAUGAUGAUCAGUGCAAUAUUUCAGCUUGGACUUGGAAUAAUAAUAUUCAACAGAAUAACCGAUCAAGAAACUAUGGUAAAAAAAGAAAUGAAAUCAAGUUUUUUAAGUUACGACAUUCAAUCAGAUGUCACACAACGUUGGAAUUCAUUUCAGUCUGAAGCUGAGAUUGCAUCAUUUGUUGAGGUUGUUGAUAUUGCUGUCCUGUCUGUUGUAGGUGUUGAGGUUGAAUUACUUGUUGGUUUUGAGAUUGAGAUACAGACAUUUGGGGAUUUGAUUGAUUUAAGCCUAAUUGUUGAGUUAAUACUUGAUUUUGUUGAGGCAUACUUUGAUUUGACUGAAGAAUUUGUUGAGACAUUGGCAAUUGCUGCUGAAUUUGUGAACCUUGUGGUCCUUGUAAUUGUUGUCCAACUUGUUGAAUUUGUUGAGGCGCUUGUUGUUGUUGCUGCUGCUGCUGUUGCUGUGAAGAAGAUACUUGCUGGACAUGUGUCGUCUGUUGUGGUUGUGGUGUUUGUUGAGGUUGUUGAAUAUGUUGUUGUUGCUGAGACAUUUGUUGACUUUGUUGAGGAACGGACUGGACCAUUUAAAUCACACUCAUUCUUUUGUGAAUUGGCAUCAACACCAUGCAUAUCUUCAUUUUUUAUAGAACCUAAAGAAUGGCCACUUUCUGAAUUGUCAACAAUAGCCAGACCAUAUUGUGAGCUAGUAGGUAUGACUGGUGCAGUACUGCCUAGAUCAUUAGAGUUUUCAUGUUGCGGAUUAUAUGGUGAAAAUAGUUAUAAAGCAAAACAAUUACCAAUACCAGUAUCAUGUUUUAAAAAUCAGUGGACCCUUAAACAAUAUGCUGAAAUAAAUAACUGUCAUAUGGGUUGUUUUGAAUUAGUGAAAAAACUCGAGGAAAAAUUUUUGAAUCCAGUCAUCGUUUUAACAUUUUUUUGUUCAUUUCUACAAAUGUCAAAUGCUAUUUUGAUUUUGAAUUUGUUGAGACCUAAACCAAAACCAAGAAGAUACAACAUUGCUUAUAGAAGAACUUAUAACACAUCUUAG